UUUUAUAGCCGUAACGUCCCGUACAUUAUUUUGGCGGGAAGUGGUGAAACAGCUGGAAAAUAAAACCUAAGAUAAAUAUGGGAAUAAAAGGCUUGUCACAACUCCUGGCCGACCAUGCCCCCGGAUGUAUGAAAGAAAAUGAGAUUAAAAACUAUUUUGGCAGAAAAGUGGCAGUAGAUGCUUCUAUGUGUAUUUACCAGUUUCUUAUUGCCGUAAGACAAGAUGGCAGCCAGCUCACAAAUGAAGAUGGAGAAACCACAAGUCAUUUAAUGGGAAUGUUUUAUCGUACAAUUCGUAUGGUAGAGAAUGGUAUCAAACCUGUGUAUGUAUUUGAUGGUAAACCACCAGAAAUGAAGUCUGGUGAGCUUGAAAAGAGAAAGGAAAGACGUGAUGAGGCACAGAAAGCUUUAGAGAAGGCUGAAGAAGCAGGUGAUGCUGAGAAUAUUGAGAAAUUUAACAGAAGACUUGUGAAGGUAACAAAACAACAUAAUGAAGAGUGUAAGGAACUCCUCAAGUUGAUGGGCAUCCCCUAUGUAGAUGCUCCCUGUGAGGCUGAAGCUCAAUGUGCUGCUCUGGUAAAGGCUGGCAAGGUGUGGGCAACAGGUACAGAGGAUAUGGACUCCCUGACUUUUGGUUCUGAUGUUGUCCUAAGACAUCUCACAUUCAGUGAAGCAAGGAAGAUGCCAAUAAAGGAGUAUCACUAUGAUAGAAUCUUACAGGGUUUGGAAUUGUCUAACGACGAGUUUAUAGAUCUGUGUAUAUUGCUGGGCUGUGAUUACUGUGAGUCUAUACGUGGAAUUGGACCAAAGCGAGCUAUAGAUCUGAUUAAACAAUAUAAAUCUAUUGAUGAAAUAAUGAAAAAUAUAGAUCUGAAGAAAUACACAAUACCUGAGAAUUGGAUGUACAAAGAAGCUCGUGAACUAUUCAAAAAUCCAGAAGUUGCUACAGCCGAGGAAGUAGAGCUGAAGUGGUCAGAGCCAAAAGAAGAAGAACUUAUAGAUUACAUGGUCAAUAAGAAAGGAUUCAAUGAGGACAGAAUACGUAAUGGGUUAAAGAAACUGUCUAAAGCCCGUACUGGCAGUACACAAGGAAGACUUGACGGGUUCUUUAAAGUACUUUCAACGACAUCAACAACUCCUAAACGAAAGGCAGAGGAUUCCAAAGGUUCAGCCAAGAAGAAGGCUAAGGGAGGCUUCAAAAGGCCAAAAUGAUUGCAGGACCUGAUAAAUUCCGGGAAAAUGAAAAUUGGAGAGAUGAAAUAGUUUCAGCAUCAUUCAACAAUACUCUCAUUUUUGUGUUGAUUUAGUUGCUCAUUUAAGUAGCUUAAUGUCUAAGAAAUAACUUUUCCUCUUUCAACCAUAGAUGAUAUUCUGAAGUAAAAUGUUAUAAAUUUUUAAUAAAUGCGUUUGUUGAAUAUACAUGUAUGUUGAGAGUUUGAUAGUUAUUUAUUUAACUAAUGUAUUUUGCAAUGUCGAUUAAAUGAAGCACCAAAAUUUAUUAAUGGCUUAAAGUUAUAUACCUCCUUCAACAAUCAUGAAUAUAGUAAUAAGUACAUAUCCUAUGAUACAAGUAAUAUAGCCUGGAUGAUUCAAUAGAAGAUUUUUUUUGUUCUAGCAAGUAAUGACCACCUAGCUAGAUAGUUAAACACUAGUUCAUUAAUUGUUGUUGUAGUAUCAAGAGUUUAAUGCAUGCAUGAAAUAAAAGGCCAAUAUUAAAGUAUAUUUAUGUGAAUCUCGAUGCAUUUAAAUCAUAUAUGUCUAUGAAGCAAGAUAGAAGAAUUAAAUGAAUUAUUGGUGGUGUAUUAUUUGUCAAUUCUUGUUCAUUUAGAAAUAAAUUUUUACAAGCAA